AUGGAGAAUCUGCCUCAAGAUGGUGAUGCCCUAGGGGGCAUUGAUCCAAGAGCUGAUCACCUUCGACCACAGCGCCAGCCACAACAUCCACCGCGCCAAGCUCGUGCCAUUGGAGCAUAUGAUCAACCUCACAUUAAUGAGAACAACAAGUAUCAUGGCCUUGCUGCUGAAGAUCCUUUUGAUCACUUGUGCAAGUUUGAUAAAUAUUGUGGCUUGUCCAAGACAAAUGGUGUUUCUGAAGAUGCUUUCAAGUUAAAGAUGUUCCCUUUCUCUUUGGGAGACAAGGCACACCAGUGGGAUAAGACUCUCCCAAGUGACACUGUCACUACUUGGGAAGAGUGUAAGAGAGCUUUCCUAGACAAGUUCUUCUCUACUUCAAGAACUGAUAAGAUCAGAAAUGAAAUCUUUGGUUUCAGCAAGGAGAGUUUGCUUAGCACCUUCUAUAGAGGAGCUCUACCACAGUGCAGAAACAGGCUUGAUACUGCCAGCAAUGGUUUCUUCUUGGGAAGAACUGAGGAAGAGGCAGAAGAGCUGGUAGAGAACAUGUCCAAGAGUGACUCGGUCUACAGUGAGGAGCAUGAUAGGGUCAACAGAAGUGAUGAUCAGCAGACAAAGAAAGAGAUCAAGUCCUUGCAAGAGAAGAUGGAUUUGCUUCUUUCCAACCAAGCUAAACAGGAACAAAUGAACUUUGUGGGUGGUCCUAGUCAAGAGGUUCCUCCUAAGGUCAAUGAGGUCGAUGGUUUGGAAGGCCAAGAAGAGCUAUGCUUCAUCAACAACAAUGGUACUUGGUACAUGAAGGAACCGAACUUUCAGUACAACAACUACCAACAAAGGUCUUACUCCAACAACCAACAAGGAGGAUACCAACCAAAGCAGAACACUCAGCAAGGGAGCUAUCAGCCGAGGCAAAACAUCCCUCAUGGUUUCAACAAUCACAACAAUCAGUCUACUCACGCUCAAGCAAGUUUUUCACAAGCUCCAGCUUCAGAUACAAGUGUGGAUGCAAUGUUCAAGAAACUCUUAGAUUUUCAGUUUGCUUCUAUGAACUCUCAGCCAACUCGACAACAAGGGUCAUUACCUGGAAAGCCAGAGCAAAAUCUCAAGGAACCAAUGAAAGCAAUCACCCUACGGAGUGGUAGAGAGUUGUCUCCAAGAGUUCUCACCAAGUAUGGUGAAAAACAAGGUGGGGAAGUGGCCAUCAACAUUGAUGAGGAAGUGGUGAUUGUAGAUGAGAAGGUUGAUGAAGAGAUUUUGGAAAAGAUUGUUGAAGCUAAGGGUAAAGGGAAGGUUGGAGAGGAGAAGAGAACAGUGAGACAUAGUGAAACAGCUACUCCAACGAAGGAAUCCUCUUUUGUUCCUCCUCCCUAUGAGCCAAAGCUGCCAUUCCCUGGAAGAUUCAAAAGACAGCUAUUGGAGAAGUACAAGGCACUCUUUGAGAAACAAAUGAGUGAAGUUCAGAAAGAGAUGGAGGGCAUGAUGAUCCUUACCCACGAGUGCAGCGCCAUUAUCCAGAGGUUAGAUGUUCCAAGGAAGCUAGUGGAUCCAGGAUGUUUCACCUUACCUUGUGCUCUAGGACCCAUGGUGUUUGAGCGAUCAGUGAAGAUUCCUGUUGGUAUCUUAGAAGACUUUCCCUUGAUGGUUGGUAACUUUGAGAUCCCUACUGAUUUUGUUGUGUUGGAGAUGGGGGAGGAAGCCCAAGACGCUUUGAUCUAUGGAAGACCAUUCUUAGCCACAGCAGGAGCUAUUGUGAAUGUUAGAAAAUGA